AUGCUAGCUGAACAACUUGCUCAACCGCCAAAACAACCUAGAAUCGUAAGAUUGCAUAAGAAAAUGGGCGAAUUGAAAAAAGAUAAUACACAUGCGUAUCACGAUGAGACUUAUGAUGGUGAUGUACUAAAAUUAGAACAAGAAUGCGCCGAAAAAAGAACAGAGAUUACUUCACUUGCAGAUACUGAUGCGGCAGCAGUUGUAUCUGAAUUCGAAGAUGAAUGUUUAGAGUUAUACUUAGAAAUAAAUAGAUUGAAAAAGAUUCAGCAACAACCUUUAGAUGAAUCCACAAGUAUCGCUUCGAAAAUUGCAAAAACACGAUUCGACGACAUUCUGCAACCAUUUGCUACAACAGAUAAGAAAAUUAACGAUCUAAAAGAUCACAUUGAAAGACAAGAAAUAAUAAUCACGAAUUUAGCAAGUGCUCAAUCUCCAGGAGAUGUUGAAAUAGCUACUCUAUAUCAGGAUACACUCGAAGAUAUAGAUAAUACUAUUGAAAUACAAAAGAAAGAAAUUGAAGACUUACAAGCUAAACUGAAUAAAAUACGAUCGAUUCAAGAAAAUCUUGUUAACGAAUUAACUGAUUUAAUGCUAAGUUAG